UUUUCCUCAACUUCCGUCCUCUCUCUCUCGUUUUAGCCCCACAUUUCUGUACUCAACUCAAAAGCUUUUGCAUGUACACAUCCCCAUUUUUAACAUUAAUUAACAAUAACAAUAAAAUAUUUAAUAUAUCAAGUUCGUGUCUAUUAGUGGUUGCUGUAAUAGUACCUUGAUCUUUACUGAUUACAAAAAGAAUCUUGGAUUUUCUCUCUUUCAAUCUUCUCGUCUUUUUAGACUCUAGAGUUCUUUAGUACUUUGUUUCUAAAACUGUAGUUUUCUGUACUCAAAAAGCAGAGAUGAGUGGAAACCAAUCUCCAAGAAUCUUUAACUCAACGAAUCACUUUGAUUUUUUAAAGAAAUUCAAGCGUUUGAAGCCUUUAGAACCAUCACCUGGACUUGUUGGCUACUUCUUUUUCCUUGUUUGUUUAUUCGUAUGUCUUUUCUUGUUGGAUUAUAGCACAGUACUGAAAACUGGUUCUCACUUUCGUGGGCCCUCUUUUUUUGUUACCUGGUUUGGUCUCAAUGACUCUUCUUUAGUAAAUAUUACUACUAGUAACAGAAAUGAAAAGGUGGGAUUUUUGGAAAAAGGUGGUGAUGGUUGUGAUAUUUUUUAUGGGAAUUGGGUAUGGGAUGAGAAUUAUCCACUUUAUCAAUCAAAAGAUUGUAGGUUUUUGGAUGAAGGAUUUCGUUGUUCUGAAAAUGGUAGGCCUGAUAAUUUCUAUACUAAAUGGCGUUGGCAGCCUAAAGACUGCAACUUGCCCAGAUUUGAUGCAAAAUAUAUGCUAGAAAAGCUGAGGAACCGACGAGUGGUGUUUGUUGGAGAUUCAAUCGGAAGAAACCAGUGGGAGUCUCUUCUCUGUUUGUUGUCUUCAGCAGUUACUGAUAACAGCUCGGUAUAUGAAGUUAAUGGUAGUCCAAUCACAAAGCACACAGGUUCUUUAAUUUUUAAGUUCAGGGAUUUCAACUGCACAGUUGAGUACUAUAGAGCACCAUUCCUAGUGCUGCAAAGUCGUGCGCCUUCUGGGGCUGCCAGAAACGUUAAAAUGACGGUGAAGCUGGAUCAGAUGGAUUGGAGCUCUGCUAAGUGGAAAGGUGCAGAUAUUUUGAUUUUCAACAGUGGUCACUGGUGGAAUUAUGAGAAAACCAUUAGAGGGGGAUGCUACUUCCAAGAAGGCGGAAAGGUCAACAUGACGAUGAGUGUGGAGACAGCAUUUCAGAAGUCAAUUGUGACAUUGGUUGAUUGGAUAGGUCGUGAAAUUAACAUGUCCAAGACCAAAAUCUUCUUUCGUACUUAUGCUCCUGUACACUUCAGAGGUGGAGAUUGGAGGACCGGUGGUAGCUGUCACUUGGAGACACUACCUGACUUAGGAUCAUCGGAAGAGUCAGUGAAUAACUCAUUUGAAUAUAAGACGGUCCUAAAUGUGCUAUCGCAGUUUGCUAACAAAUCAAAGGCUUGGACUAUGGGUUUAUUGAAUGUAACGGGAAUGACAUCUCGGAGAAGAGAUGGUCACUUGUCUUUAUAUUAUUUAGGGCCUAAUGUGGGACCAGUUCCUCUUCACAAGCAAGACUGCAGCCACUGGUGUCUCCCCGGCGUCCCUGAUUCAUGGAAUGAGCUUCUCUAUGCAGUCCUCCUCAAACAGGAGUUAUCUCGGGAACAAAUCUCCGAAUACACUUCUUCUCAGUUCCCGGAAUGACAGCAGAGAGGUCAUCUCUCAAGCAGUUCACCUUGUUACAGCUCGUAAUUAUCAGACGUGUAACGUUGGAAAGGGAACUUGUGCUGGAUCAAUCAAUAUGCCAAUACUAUUAGGUCAAAUGACUGUGGCCUUCUUCGAGAAUCAAUUUGAAAUUACGAAGAAAAGGGCUUCCUCACUUGAGCGGAUGAGAUACCUCCUUGGUUCCAAUUGCAGUUUGUGUGUACAUUUGAUUUUUUCCUGAAUCCUUUAGUCGAUCAGGAGUGAAAUUUAGGUUGCAAUAUUGUAUAGUGUAAAGAGCAUUGUGAACUGUAUAGAUGAAGAGACAUUAUCCAUUAUGAUAACACUGGAAAACACUGAUCCUUUUGAUAGUUCAUAGAACAACAAUAACUAUGCCUCUACCUCAAGCAAGUCGGGGUCGGCUAUAUGUUGGGUGAGGAAAAAUGUAGCACCGAUGCCAGCCAUUUGGUUCACUGUUGUAAAAUUCUUCUUCAAAUUGCAAUGAUAAUUGUAUAAGUAUGUUUUAAAGUUUAA